AAACUAAGAUUACACUGAGAAAAAGAGAGGUCUACCCUUAACAUUACAUUGAAUACCUGAAAAUGGCAGUGAGCCUCCUGUCAAAUGAUCUUGAGGAUGAGGAAUACAUUGACAUGGAAGUCAGUUCAUAUUCCAACUCCUUCUGCAACUCCAGAAGCUCUCCUCCACACCCCAGAGAGUUUGAGUUUCAAAUGUCAUCAGUCUCCAUGGAAAGAGAGCCUACAACUUCCCCAGCCGAUGAGCUCUUUUACAAAGGGAAGCUUCUUCCACUUCACCUCCCACCACGUCUACAAAUGGUCGAAAAGCUUCUGCAAAAUUCAAAUUCUGUUUAUGAAGACAGGAAAGAUAACUUUGAAGAAUUCUGUAGUGCCCCAUUAACCACUACUGUCACAACACCAACUACAACCAGUACUCCAUUCGAAUCCUGCAAUAUCUCACCUUCUGAGUCCUGUCGCGUUAGUAGAGAGCUGAAUCCUGAAGAGUAUUUCCUUGAGUACUCAACUGAAGUAAGCGGCUGCAUUGGUGAAAACCAGAAGAAGUCUUGGACCAAAAAGCUUAAGCUGAUCAAGCAGUCCUCCAUUGGUUCAAAACUGAAGGCUUCCAGGGCUUAUCUCAAAUCUUUGUUUGGUAAAUCAGGUUGCUCAGAUGAGUCCUGUGCAGCAGCAAAAGUUGCUGAUGAAGGAUCAGUUUCAAAAGCAAAAGGAAGAUUGGAUAGAUACAUGAAAUCAACAAAGAAAAAUCCAUUCGGACAAAUCCAUCAGAACAAUUGUCAAAUCUCAACUGCUGUCUUGAGAAGUUUUGACAAAGAAAAGAUUUCGGAUCAGAACAAUGCCAAUCGCCAUAGGAGAUCGUUUUCUCUGGCUAUCAAACGAAAUUCAACAAACAAGUCUUCAUCCUCUUCGUCAUCAUCUGGCUCUUCUUCAUCUUCUAGCUCAAAUGCCUCCAACGGCUAUCAGAAUUUGCAGUUCCUUAAAAGAAGCAGCAGUGUGAAUGCAGAGAUUGAAAGUCCAAUUCAGGGAGCAAUUGCACAUUGCAAGCAGUCUCAGCAGUUGAUCAGAUCAAGAAAGACUGUUAGUGAAGUUGGGUUCUACUCAUUAUCAGAUUCUAGUAUUGCAGUUUGCGAAGAUCAAGAGAGGCCAGACCUUUGCAGGGGCUGA